AUGGAUGUUCUGACGACGAGGCACAGUUUAUACCAUUCCACGCUUCAAGGUGAUUGGCAAGAAGCUUUGGCGAUAUACAAAAACAAUGUGAGUAUUAUUCACGAUGCAGCGAUCAACAGCUCCGGCGACACAGUGUUGCAUACGGCGGUGAACGACGACAGAGGAGAUAUGGUGGAGAAGCUAGUAACGGAAAUCCCGAGAAGUGGGUCGUUGUCGGCGCCGCAAAAAAAGAAUGAUCGAGGAGACACCCCACUGCACCGUGCAGCAUCAAGAGGGUCCCUCGAGAUGUACAAGUGCAUCGCCGAAGCUGAAAGGAACACCCAACUGAUUGAAGCUCGCAACAAGGAAGGAGAGACUCCUCUCUUCUUGGCCGCUCUUCACGGCCACAUGGAUGCAUUCCUUUACCUCCACUCUUGUUGCCCCGAUCCAAGUAGUCGCCUCUGGAAAAGAUCCAGCGAUGGAGAGACUAUCCUUCACUGCACCAUCCGCCCAGACCACUUUGGGUUGGCAUUUGAAAUCAUUCGUCUUUACGGAGAGCAUAUAGUGGGCUCCGUGGAUGAAAAGGGAGUUACUUCUCUCCAUAUCCUGGCUGAGAAACCUUCCGCCUUUGAAAGCAGCAGCAAUUUCAGAUGGUAUAACAAGCUUGUCUACAACUGCAUUCACGUGAAGUCAUUGAGGAGCCUCGAACAGUACCCAAAGAAUGACCCAUGGCUCUGGAUAAAAUCAUCUGAAAGACAAAGAACCCAGACUGGAGCGGAUGCAGAAAACCCAAGUUACGACGGAUAUGAAAAUGUGUGGCCAAAUUACUGGACAUGUUUUGACAUUUUCUCGCGUGCAUUCACCUUUGUUAUUUGGCCUGUCGUUAAAACCCUUGGAUUUCGGGUACUAAAGGAUUUGGAGAUCAAGAAACAAAGGCACGUCUGGUGUCGCCAAAUACUGGAUCGACUUUGGGAGAAUAAAGAUGUAGCAUACGUUGGAGGUGGAAGUGCCCUGCAAAGCUCUGCCUUAGUUCAUGGAACUACCGGAGGAGAAUCAUCAUUUCCCAGACCUAGUGGUCUGAUCGUUGACAAACAAGAUAAAAAGACUGAGGAGGCUAAAAUUGUUGAAUUCAUAAGGAGGCUUCAAAGAGACAAAGUGUUGGCGGCAGCACCUGCAAAAAUAGUUAAUCCGAGUCACGUCCUAAGGACGCUGUCCUUAAGAGCUAUUCCGCAACCACCGGUAGAUAAGGAUGCGGCACUUCCCAGGAUUAAACGGAUCCUUCCUGUAAAACAGGGUGAGCAGAACAGCAGAAGAUAG